AAAACAUAACCUCGUAGCUCACUCCCUCCUCUCUUCUUCAACCUCAAAACCAAAAUCGAAUCUUCUCUCUCUCUGCUUCAUUUCAAUGGCUGGAGAUUUGUUAUACGCCAAAACGCAGCGUUUUGUGCUUUUGAUAGAUCUUAAUCCGCUUCUGAUCAAACCCAAUUCGGAGCAAUACCUAGCCGUCGUGAUCUCCGCCGCCGAGAAGCUUCUCUUAUUUCCUCCUUUAUCUGCUUCUCUCUUCUCUUUCAAAUUCUUCUUUUCUUCUCUUUCUUCUCUCUUAUCAUCCUCAAAGCUCUCGUCACUCUCAAUUUCAUCUUCUCCGCUUUCAUUUGACCUUCCUAACCCUACACUCGUCUCUCUCAAACGCGCCAUCGACGCGGUUAAAGGAUAUGAACUUCGAUCUAGCUCCACGGUGGCGACGGCGGCAUCGCCUCGUGGGGUUAAUGUCGCGGCGAAUUUGCGACAGAUUGUUUAUGAUUACGCUUGGGAACCGGUGGUUCGAGAUCCGGAGAUAGGUAUGAUUCCUGGAUUUACUGAUGGUGGAUUAGAUGUUGUGAGGUCGAAUUUGGUUGUGAUGUUUUCCCCAAUUUCUAGGGAUUUGGAUUGGGUUUCUGAGUUUCUUGAUGUUAAGAGUGGUGAUGAGUGUUUUAGCGACUUGGAUUUGUUUAAGUCAAAGUUAAGGGAGAUUUUUUAUUGUGUGAAUGAGUUAUUUGAUGAUAGAGAUAUUCAAUUAAGCUGGAUUGAUGUUAAAUCUGGAGAUGAAAGAUGUGAAUUGGGAUUGAAGUCUGGGUUUUUCGAUAGUGGGAUUAGAGAAUUGGGUUGGGGGCAUUGUUCUACUGAUUCAAUUGUUUUUGGUUCUUCAGUUGUUCCCUUUGGAUUAAUAUAUCCAGCAAUUGGUAUUUCCCCAAAGCUAUCUACUAGCCAGAAAUUUACCCUUCAGGCUAGUCUUGAGAUUGCAGAUAUUAAUGGUAAACCUAUGGAAUGCAAGUGUGGUGGUGAGUUAGAGUUUUCUUCUUCUGAAAUAUUUAGUGGGAAGAGGUGUGAUGAGUUUAUCAACUUAGCUAGUGGGACUGAGCCAGUCAAUCAUGACUCUCUAGUUGAACAGUUUUGUGAUGGGAGUACCAAACUCAGUAUUAAGGCCUUGAGGAUGUGUGAUGAUCUUAUUGAACUAGAGAGGUAUACUUGCGAUACUUUUGUUGUUCAUCAAGUCUCCCAGGACUCUGAUCAAGAUCAGGAGGAGGAGAGUGCGUUUUGGGCUGACCUGGUUUUUCAGAUAUUAGGAAAGGAGACGGGUGAGAGAGUAGCCAAAAGAUCAUCACCCAUUUGGCAGAUCUUAUUAAGUUAUCUCUAUAGGGAAGGUUUCUCAGCAUUGGUAUCUUUUUCAAAUAGCAAUGGUAGUUUGCGGACAGGAAUCCUCAAGCCCUUCACUUUUUCCUCGGCCUUAAUCUGUGUUUUUGACAAUGGAGUGUCUCCUCAAACUGUGGAUCAUGAAGAUAGCAGGAAGAAAGUCAGUUGUAGCGAAUAUAAAAGAAAACCAAGGAAAAAUUCUCUUAAUGACAUUAGCUGGGAGGAGUUCUGCAGAUCAGUGAAAGAUUAUGGUCAAAUAGAUCUAGAAGAUGUUUAUUUCUUCAAGUAUAGCAAGUCGAAGAAACUUAAGUUUCUGAAAUGCUGGAUGAAACAGAUUAGUAAACCCAGAGGUUGCAGCUUAUCCGUGGCUAGUAAUUGCAAUGCAUUGGAGGAUGUGGACGCAAAUCCAAUUGAGGAAAAGAACAACUCCUCUGAAGAGACAGAUAAAGCUAGUUCUCCUUUACCUCUAGCUGAAGAGGACAUUGCUUUGAGUGGAAAUCGUAUAUCCGGAAAGCAGGAAAGUAAUACGUAUGUUCAUGCAUCAGAAUCAUCAGAGAAUUUCUUCGUUAGUCUUCCUAGUAAAAUCAAGCAAGGGAUAGAGUCUGAAGAAAUAGACUUGUCAGCUCUUGCCGAGCGGCUUGUCAAGUCUUGUGUCUUCUACUCCUCUCAAAGAGCUGAGAAGGACUAUAGCUGUGAGAGUGGAACCCUCUUGUUGGUCAUUGACGAGCUAACCAAGAUGUUACUGAAAGAUCCGAAAGAUUUAGUUGCCAAGUUCAAAAAGAAAGAUUCAUCAUCAGUGGCUAGUGAGCGGAAUUGUGAUGAAGCUGGACCCAGUAGGAUCGUUAGAGAGUAUCCUUUUACUUUCUGUUUGGUUACAGUAGCCAACUUAUUCAUUUACUGAUGCUUUCUUUUCAUUUAUCUAAGCUGAAUUGUUUGGCAUUGUUGUUCUGUUUUCUUUAAUAAGCUAUAAGAUACGAGCUGCAGAUUCUUUUCAGGAUGGAGAUUCUAAGAUGUAAGAAAGGUUUGGGAAAUGAAGAAUCUGUGACACAGAAGUUUGCAAAACAGAUUUGCAUGUUCCUUGAGGGCAUUCAGUGCAAGUUAGAUGGCGGAUUCUUUGGUGAAUGGAGCCUUGAUAAGUAUGUAGACAAAACUAUAAAAGCCAGGUAUCAGCAUAUUCUGGGAGGAGCUGUCAAUAUAAUAUAUACAGAGAUGGAUCUGCUCAUGUUCACUGAUGAGGAUCUUGAAGAUAGUUUCAUGAACAAUGAAGACAGUAGUCAAUCAGGGAGAGAAAAUAUCCAUAGCAAUUUCAAAAAUCAUCAUCAUAGUCAAAGUAAUGAAGAUGUUCCUGGUACGAGUAAGCAGAAAAACACUGAGGAAAGCAGAGAAGCUAAGAAAGAGGUUGAAGCACAAGGAAUGAGGGAGAGGGCAAGAAGAUUCUCGAGUUUCACAAGUUGGAUGCCUGAUCUUUGUAGAGUCUGGGCACCAAAACAAACGAAGAACUCUAAAGGCAAGGCCGACCAGCAACAGAGAACGGCCAAAAGAAAGAAGGAGCAAAGAUCAGUGGAAUAUGAUAGAGUAUGUGAGACACCAAUGACAACAAUAGAGACCAAACGAAUACGAACUGGUAACAAAGAUGACUACGAAUGUGAGACUUUGCCUCGUAGUUCAGUACCAAAGGCUUUGUUUCAGGAUGAUUGUUCUUAGGUACACUUACAAGUGAAUGAAGCCUAAAAAUGGGAAAAGAAAAUGUAUCAUUAGAGUUUGAGUGGGAUGUUCUUUGUUAGAGUUAGUAAUUCAAACCCUAUACGUAGAUGGAAUCUCAUUGUACUUUUUUACAAAAUCAGAUAUUAAUACAAGAAUGAGUGAAUCAA